ACAUCUCUCCUGCCCAUCUUCAGGCUUAGACCAAAGCAGACUCUUUUUGAGCUACUUUUGUGGCCUCUCUGUUUCUGUCAUCUAAAUAUCAAUAAUGAGUUUGUAAACUAUUUAUUUUAAAGACAUAUUGAAACUGGAAUCGGUGUGUCCUUCCUGCAAACUCCUAGAUGUGAUUCAGGAACUAGAGAAGCAGCUGCACUGUACGAGGAUAAAUCAAAUUCAUAACAAUGAAGCGUAGCAAGCAUCGAGCCUCCAAGGAUGAUGGCAAAGGUCAAGAUGAACCGGCUAUUCUAGAGACGGAGGAUAUGAGGAUGCCAGAUCCUGACACCAUCUCACUCGCAUCAGUCACUGCCGUCACAACCAAUGUCUCCAAUAAGAGAUCAAAGCCUGACAUCAAGAUUGAGCCCAGUGCUGGAAGACCAGUUGAUUUCCAAGUCAGUGUCACUGUUAUAGAGGCCAGACAGCUGGUGGGUCUGAACAUGGAUCCAGUGGUGUGUGUAGAAAUUGGUGAUGAAAAAAAAUACACCUCAAUGAAGGAGUCGUCCAACUGCCCUUACUACAAUGAGUACUUCGUUUUUGACUUCCACGUUCCUCCGGAUGUCAUGUUUGAUAAGAUCCUGAAAGUGUCAGUUAUCCACUCUAAGAAUCUUUUGCGAAGUGGCACGCUGGUCGGGAGCUUCAAGCUUGACGUGGGCACAGUUUAUACACAACCUGAGCAUCAGUUCUUCCACAAAUGGGCCACUUUAUGUGAUCCCGAUGACAUCACCGCAGGAUGCAAGAUGCAAAGUGGACAUUGUCAGUGUGCACAGGGCGACACUGCAAAACUUAAACACAUCUCUCCUCUUUAUUGGUUUCUUUCUUGUUCCAGUAAUCUUCUGUUGCCGGAAGACGUCCCAGCUGAGCGUCAGUGGGCAAGAUUCUAUGUGAAAAUCUACCGAGCCGAAGGGUUGCCCAAAAUGAACACCAGCAUUAUGGCAAAUGUCAAAAAAGCUUUCAUUGGAGAAAAUAAGGACUUGGUUGAUCCGUAUGUCCAGGUGCAAUUUGCUGGACAGAAGGGAAAAACGUCCAUUCAGAAGAGCAGCUAUGAGCCGAUCUGGAAUGAGCAGAUCGUUUUCACCGAGCAGUUUCCACCACUGUGCCGGAGAAUGAAAGUCCAGAUCCGUGAUUCAGAUAAAGUGAACGAUGUGGCCAUCGGAACGCACUUCAUUGACCUGCGGAAGAUUGCUAAUGAUGGAGACAAAGGCUUUCUUCCAACUCUCGGGCCGGCUUGGGUCAACAUGUACGGCUCCACACGCAGCUACACGCUCAUGGAUGAGUACCAGGACCUGAAUGAAGGACUAGGGGAAGGGGUUUCGUUCAGGGCCCGACUGCUGAUCAAUCUGGCCGUGGAGAUACUGGACACCUCCUCUCCUGAAGUAAUGAGCUCCACUGAGGUGCAGGUGGAGGGAGUACCCAACAUCUCAGAUAAUGCCACUGGAAAAAUUGAGGAGUUCUUUCUCUUUGGAUGUUUCCUUGAGGCCACUAUGAUUGACAGGAAGAUUGGAGACAAACCCAUCAACUUUGAGGUUACAAUAGGAAACUAUGGCAGUGAACUCGAUACUCCAACCAAGCCAAAAACAAAGAAGAGGAAGGGUGGUGAUGGCGAUGACGAGGAGUCUGAGCUCAUUCACGGCUCUAGUGACGAGGAGGUGGAUGAUGGUGGAGAUAUGACAUCAGUUUCCAGCACUCCUCCAAUGAAGCCAGUCAUCACUGACAGAAACUAUUUCCACCUCCCAUACUUCGAGAGGAAACCCUGCAUCUAUAUCAAGAGCUGGUGGCAGGACCAAAGGAGACGACUUUAUAAUGCAAACAUCAUGGACAGAAUUGCAGAUAAAUUGGAAGAAGGGUUAAACGAUGUGCAGGAGAUCAUUAAAACAGAGAAAGCCUAUCCUGAGCGCAGACUCAGAGGAGUCCUGGAGGAACUCAGCAAUGGCUGCAGUACCUUUGUAACUUUGGCAAACAAUGAUCAGAAUCAGACUGGGAAGACUAAACUGGAUCGGGAGAGACUGAAAUUAUGCAUGCAGGAAUUGGAAAACAUGGGCCAGCAAGCAAAGAAUAUGCGAUCCCAAGUAAAGAAAAGCAACGUGAAAGACAAAAUAAAACUGGCACAAAACUUCCUCCACAAGCUGAGAUUCUUGACUGAUGAGCCUCAGCACAGUGUUCCAGAUAUUUACAUAUGGAUGAUAAGCAACAACAAACGCAUUGCAUAUGCCCGCGUUCCCUCCAAAGACAUCCUCUUCUCUCCUGUAGAGGAAGAAACUGGAAAGGACUGUGGGAAAGUCCAGACCAUCUUUUUCAAGCUCCCUGGUAAGAAAAGCUUUGGACCUGCUGGCUGGACCGUUCAGGCUAAAACUGAGCUGUAUCUGUGGCUCGGCUUGAACAGGCAGCGUAAGGACUACUUGAGUGGCUUACCAAAUGGGUUUGAGGAGAACAAGGCAGUGAAAGGGCCUGGCAUUCAGUCCUCACCCCCCAUCAGCCUGAUGUACACCAUGAAGCAGAUCUUCCAACUGAGGGUUCACAUUUAUCAGGCUCGCAGUCUGUUUGCAGCCGACAGCACGGGCCUGUCAGACCCUUUUGCCAGGGUAUUUUUUUCUACUCACAGCCAGGUCACAGAGGUCCUGAAUGAGACCUUGUGUCCUACAUGGGAUCAGCUGCUGGUGUUUGAUAAUGUGGAGCUCUAUGGUGAGGCUGGUGAACUGAGGGAUGAUCCUCCUAUAAUCGUCAUCGAGAUCUAUGAUCAGGACACUGUUGUGAGAAAAGCUGAUUUCAUGGGUAGGACAUUCGCUAAACCUAUAACCAAGAUGUCAGAUGAGCAUUAUGGGCCACCACGCUUCCCUCCUCAACUGGAGUAUUACCAGAUAUACCGGGGCAAUGGCACUGCAGGAGAAAUGUUGGCGGCCUUUGAACUGCUGCAGAUUGGACCAGCUGGAAAGGCCGACCUGCCCCCAAUAGAUGGACCUUCUGAUUUCGAUCGUGGUCCAAUCCUGCCUGUUCCUAUUGGCAUAAGACCUGUCUUGAGUAAAUACCGAAUUGAGGUUCUCUUCUGGGGCCUGAGGGACUUGAAGCGGGUGAAUCUGGCCCAAGUUGACCGUCCCCGCGUGGACAUCGAGUGUGCAGGGAAAGGCAUUCAGUCAGCGUUAAUUCAGAACUACAAGAAAAACCCCAACUUCAGCACUCUGGUGAAGUGGUUUGAAGUGGACCUGCCUGAGAACGAGCUCCUCCAUCCUCCUCUGAACAUCCGUGUGGUGGACUGCCGGGCGUUUGGGCGUUACACACUAGUUGGCUCUAAUGCUGUCACAUCUCUACGCAAAUUCAUUUACAGGCCAUCGGACAAAAGUGUCAGCAACUGGUCUGCCAUGGAGGAGGUUGUGAUCCACACAGAGCCAGAACCAGCUGUGAAGAAGAUUGAGACAGUGGUCAAACUUGACUCAGCGUCUGAUGCUGUGGUUAAAGUUGAUAUGCCAGAUGAUGAGAAAGGUGGGAAAGGGAAAAAGAAGCGGAAGAAGGGCGAAGAGGUGGAAGAGGAGGAGCUGGAUGAAAGCAUGCUGGACUGGUGGUCCAAAUACUUUGCCUCGAUUGAAACACUGAAAGACGUCAUUAAAGUGCAGGAAGCAGAAGCUGAAGAAAAGGAAGAUUUUGACUCUGGAGAGGGGACCAAGAAGAAGAGAGGAAAGGGGAACAAGAACAAAGCCAUGCCUGGGGAGGCAGUACCAGAGAAGAAGAAGAACCAAAUCGAAGAGUUGAAGAUUUUCAACAGAGAGCUUGAAUAUCAGUUUGACAGCUUUGAAGAUUGGCUUCACACUUUCAACCUUUAUCGAGGCAAGUGUUCGGAUGAUGCUAAUGUUGAGCAGAAUGCAGCUGAUGAAGACAGACUUAUUGGAAAAUUCAAGGGAUCCCUGUGCAUCUACAAAGUCCCUGUAUUUGAUGAGAUGUCCAGAGAAAUGGGCUUUGAUUCCAACAUGGGCAUGUUCCAGAACAUCCCACACAACGACACCAUUAACAUCAUUGUCCGAGUCUAUGUGGUCAAGGCAACAGAACUGCAUCCUGCAGACAUCAAUGGGAAGGCCGACCCAUAUAUCGCCAUCAAGCUCGGAAAGACUGAGAUCAAGGACAAAGAGAACUACAUCUCUAAACAACUCAACCCUGUGUUUGGAAAGUCUUUUGAUAUCGAAGCGACGCUCCCAAUGGAUUCCACCCUCACCGUGUCCAUCUACGACUGGGAUUUGGUGGGAACUGAUGACCUGAUUGGGGAGACAAAGAUUGACUUGGAGAACCGUUACUACAGCAAGCACAGGCCUACCUGUGGUCUCAGCGGCAGCUACGCAACUCACGGCUAUAAUGUGUGGAGGGACCCACUGAAGCCAACGCAAAUCCUUGCCAAACUCUGCAAAGAUGGAAAAAUGGAUCCGCCCCAGUACGGCCCAGGGGGGCGAGUGAAAGUGGCGAACAGAGUUUACACGGGACCGACUGAAAUUGAGGAUGAAAAUGGACUGAAGAAACAGACGGAUGAGCACCUGGCUCUUGCUGUACUAAACCGCUGGGAAGAUAUUCCACGGAUCGGCUGCAAACUCGUCCCAGAGCACGUGGAGACGAGGUCUCUCCUGAAUCCGGAUAAACCUGGGAUGGAGCAGGGGAGGAUUGAGUUGUGGGUGGACAUGUUCCCGAAAGAUAUGCCUGCGCCUGGACCCGCUAUCGAUAUUUCACCAAGGAAGCCAAAGAAAUUUGAGCUCAGGGUGAUCGUGUGGAACACAGACGAAGUCGUUCUGGAGGACGAUGACAUUUUCACAGGGGAAAAAUCCAGUGACAUAUUUGUUAGAGGAUGGCUGAAAGGUCAACAAGAAGACAAGCAGGACACAGAUGUCCACUAUCGCUCUCUGACGGGAGAGGGCAAUUUCAACUGGCGCUUCAUUUACCCCUUUGACUACCUACAGGCUGAAGAGAAAAUCGUCAUCUCAAAGAAAGAGUCCAUGUUUUCUUGGGAUGAGACUGAGUAUAAAAUUCCUGCCCGACUGAAUUUGCAAGUGUGGGAUGCGGAUCACUUCUCUGCAGACGACUUCCUGGGUGCAAUUGAACUAGACCUGAAUCGAUUUCCUCGUGGUGCAAAGACAGCGAAGCAGUGCUCCAUUGACAUGGUGAUUAACGAGCAAGACAUGCCCAUGGUUAACCUCUUCAAACAGAAGAGAAUUAAAGGCUGGUGGCCAUUUGUGGCACGAGAUGAAAAUGACGAGUUGGAAAUUACAGGGAAAGUAGAAGCAGAACUUCAGCUGCUGACAGGUGAGGAGGCCGAGAAGAGUCCUGUUGGUGAAGGACGCAAUGAACCAGAGCCUCUGGAGAAACCAAACCGCCCCGACAUCACAUUCCUGUGGUUCCUUAGCCCGCUAAAGGCAGUCCGUCAUCUCAUCUGCAACCAGUACAAGUGGCUGGUCAUCAAAAUUGUGGUGGUUCUGUUGUUAUUAGCGAUGCUGGGCUUGUUUCUGUACAGUAUGCCAGGUUACAUGGUGAAAAAGCUUCUAGGGGCUUGAAAAGCUUUCUCGAUGCCUGCAACAUUCAGCAUCACUGCAAUAUUAUGCCACUUGACUGAGGCAGUUGUUUUUGGAAUGAUUUAUUUGUUUGUUGGAGAAGUCAUAUGCAUACUUAUUGUUUUUCAUCUGUGUUAAAAAUCAUUAGUUUUGAAUGAUGACUAUAAACAUACUAUUAAACGGCAAAGCCCUUACUGAUGAUCAUCAAACGCUGACAGGAGAGUGUCGCAGUUCUUUUGGAAAAUACUAGUUUUGGCUUUUCACAUUUUAAUCGUUGAGAACCUCGUUUCCAAUCAUAGUCGUUAGCUCGUUGUGUUUCAGAAAACAAACUAAAUCUAAAAACGUAGUUGUCAUGUUUGUCUGCAUAUCUAGUGCUGAUGUAAUAUGUUUUUUUUUUUUUUAUAUCAAUUCAUAGGUUUCUGGGGUUUUCCAAUUGUUGGACGUUACAUUUAUACACUGAACGAUGUGUUACUGUGUGCUUUGGAUGCUACUAAUAAAUCAAUAAAGAAAACUGCAUGCAUUUUAUUUAUUAACAGUUACACCUAUAUAAAAACAGUCCAGUCGUGGAUACCCAUCCUUCAAUAUUUCUUAUAUUAUCUUAUUAUCAUCUUAUAAUUCUAGUGUUGAAUUUCUUAAGUAGAACAACGCAGUGUUGACUAACUUCACGAGUCUAUGAGCACUGAUGUGCGCCAUUACACACCUGAACCUGCCAAAAUUGCAUGUCAUCAAUGAGACACAUUUUAAAUCAGUGCACGUUCACAAUUAUUUAAAACCAAAUUUUUAAAAGCUUGUUCAAUGGUUUUGUCCCACCAGCCGCCCCGACAUUACAUUCCUGUGGUUCCUUAGCCCGCUAAAGGCAGUCCGUCAUCUCAUCUGCAACCAGUACAAGUGGCUGGUCAUCAAAAUUGUGUUUGUGCUGAUGCUUCUUGCCAUUCUGGCCCUGUUCCUCUACAAUAUGCCUGGCUAUAUGGCCAAGAAACUCCUGGGGGUCUGAGAGCAGAAAACACUAGAUUCAAUCAGAGUUUAAUUUCUUCUGUAAUAAGUUUGAAAUGCAUGAAUUGAACAUGAUUUGUAUGUCUGCAUUUGGCAAAAUAAAGACAUCAGUUGACAGCA